AUGCACGCUGUUGGCCCCAUCACCGUCUUGUUUCUCAUGCUCAUUGUUUUCUUGUUACCCAAAGAACAUGUGUGCAGCCGAACCGCAGAAUAUGCACAGCCAAUCUCUAAUUUGUGGAAUGCUCUGGUUGAAUUUGGUGCGUACCCACGGUGGAGGUCAAAUGUGACAAAAGUCGAGACGAACCUACCGGGUCAUAUUCCGCCCGACGGGUUUGAAUGGUUUCGCGAAUUUUCUUCACAUGGAAAUAUCAAAUAUCGCAUAGUCGAACGUUGGGAGGGUAAGUUAUUGAAGAGAGAGAUCGUCCGCGAAAAGGGCAUGUACAUUAGCGGCUCCUGGACCAUUCAUCUCGAGCAAGUAAGCAAGGAUAUUACCCGGGUAACCAUCAUUGAACAUACCAGUGUUCAUAAAACCUUGGCCAAAAUAACUGGAUUGUUCACGGGGUUCAGUAAGGAUAUUGACACGUUUUUGAUGGAUCUAGGGAAGAAAUUUGGCCAAGUCGUAUCAAUCAAAAAUGGAAAAAUACAAAAAAAAGAGGUGAUCAAUGGGUUAGGCGGCAAAAGAACUUAA